AUGUACUGUCAGGUGAUGCCAUUUUGGGUACUACUCUAUGAAUUGCUGUACUUCCUACAAUAUGGACAAUUCCAAGAUGUAAAAUAUGUAGAAAACCAGACUAAGAAAGACAUAAUAGUUAUCGUGAAGCACUGGAUGUAUAGUCAUGGAUACAGGUCCAGUCAAUUCUUCAGUCUUACUAUGCAUAUGCUUAAUGGAAGCCGUGAACUUUUACUUGCAUUUGGAUGGUUAGUUGGCAAAUACCACAUCAUAGAUAAAUUGACAUCUCAUUGUUGUUCAACACUUGUAACUGAUAACUGUGAACUAGGCGGAUCAUGUAUGGACAGUAUUCCGGAUAGAUAUACUAGAGCUGAUAAGGGAAAUUAUCAAUGGUUUGCCCACUACUUGCCAUGGUUGAGUGGUAGACUGCAGCUAUCUAUGAGAGGAUUGUACUCUGCUGAAAUGGAGAAGUGUAGUAUGUCACACCAUGUACAUGAUUUUACGCAAGGACUGUCAUUGUCUAAUUACUCUACUCAUUUAUCUACGUCUGAGACCCAGCUCUUAAGACACCCAAAACUGCUUGACAAGUGCUGUGUAUCACUUGAAACCCAGAAUACUACUAUGCAUGCCUUGCUGAAAUGGAAAGAAAAUGAAUCGAUUUUCUGGCAGUGGAUGGAAAGUGUACUUGAUGCCAAGAAUCAAAACAGUGAUGAUGAAACUGAACCUUUUAGUGUUCCAAUGAAUGUUACCAGGCCAACAAAAAUAGCAUGUCCACUGAUGAAUUUACAUGCAGAUCUCGGAGUACUUCUUACAAAAGUUGGUGGGAAUAUUACUGAUGUUGAUAAUUGGUGCAAAAAAAAGAUUAAAAGUGUGACUAAGAAACAACGAGUUGAUUACAUAUUGAAAGAAAUUGAACAGGAAGUAAUUGACACACUCUGUCAUACAAGCAAAGAUGCAUGCAGAUUUAAAUACACAUUGAAACCACCUCCUGUCUAUGUAUACAAGAAAACACAAAAUAAACAGUUGUGUCAUGAUGAUACAUCUGUUAAGGACAUUAACAUUGCAAUACAUGAAUUGUCUGAACUCCAAAAUAAGCUACAAAGUGAAUUAGAAAAGUUGAGAUAUAAACACAAAGAUGAUAUGAGUGUUAUAUGUGAUGAUAAGCUUUGUGGUGUUGUUUGUAUUCCCCCAUCACUGGGACAAAACACCUAG